AAAAGAUCGAAUCGGGUAGACCGUCUGUUACGGGUUUUUUUACCUUCUCUAGCAAGAAGUGAAGCACGCCGUUUGGACCGACCAAAAAAAUCUUGGACUCGACUUGGACCAACCGAACCCUUUUACCUUUCGGCCCCAAAUAAUUACAUCAUGGCCCAUAAGUUUGGUCCGAACCAAAAACAAAAGACCCAUCCCAGCCCAAUAUUGUCUCAACCUUUCCGGCUUUCCCUAUCGACUGUUCUGCAACCGAUUAGGGCAUGUACCCAACAAAACCCUAAAUUAAACCCCAUUUGCUCUUAGCCCUCACUUCUCUUUGCUUUUGCUUAGAGCCAGGGAAAACAAUGGCGGAGAUUAGUCAGGGAGAAGAAAUUCCUCCGAAUAUGACUUUAUACAUCAACAAUCUCAACGAGAAGAUCAAAAUCGACCAGUUGAAGAAAUCGUUGCACGCUGUGUUUUCACAAUUUGGGAAGAUACUGGAUGUUUUAGCAUUCAAGACGCUGAAACACAAAGGUCAAGCUUGGGUUAUUUUCGAGGAUGUUAACUCCGCUACCAAUGCUCUUAGGCGAAUGCAGGGCUUUCCCUUUUACGACAAGGAAAUGAGAAUACAAUACGCAAAAACUAAAUCAGAUAUAAUAUCAAAAGCAGAUGGCACUUUUGUUCCCCGAGAGAAGCGAAAGAGGCAUGAGGAAAAGGGAGGGAAAAAACGAAAAGAGCAGCUUGAUCCUAAUCAAGGAGCUGGAGGUUUGAAUACAGCUUAUGCGGGUGGUUAUGGUGCAGCACCUCCUCUAUCACAGAUACCCUACCUGGGUGCUAGACCAAUUGUUCCAGAAGCUCCUGUGCCGCCAAAUAACAUUCUGUUUGUUCAGAAUCUUCCCCAUGAUGCAACCGCAAUGAUGUUGCAAAUGCUCUUCAACCAAUACCCUGGUUUAAAGGACGUUAGGAUGGUGGAAACAAAACCGGGUAUAGCCUUUGUGGAGUACGAAAACGAGAUGCAAUCAACAGUGGCAAUGCAGGCGCUACAAGGUUUCAAGAUACAGCAAAACCAGAUGUUGAUUACUUACGCAAAGAAGUAGAUGGAAAGACCGAAAGAAUCCUUUUCUGUUGCUACCCACUUGAGAAGAAGGCCCAUAUGUAUGGGUGGUCAAUUAAAUGCCGUCAAAUCUAACAGCUGUUUUGUGAUAUAUUCUCUUUAACUAGAGUUUCAAAUUUGUUGUUGAAGUUCAGAUGUUUAUUUUCUGCUACCAUAUUUCUUUUGUAUUUGUCUUUUUUGAACGAAAAAAGUUGAUAGCUGCUUACCUAUUGAUUAGUUCA